AUGAAGACCGCUUUAAUUUUGCUCAGCAUUUUGGGAAUGGCCUGUGCCUCCUCAAUGAAAAAUUUGCAUCGAAGAGCCAAAUUAGAGGAUUCUGAAGAAAAUGGGGUCUUUAAAUAUAGGCCACGAUAUUAUCUUUACAAGCAUGCCUACUUUUAUCCUCCUCUGAAACGAUUUCCAGUUCAGAGCAGUAGUGAUUCAUCUGAAGAAAAUGGAUAUGGUGAUAGCUCAGAAGAGGAGGAGGAAGAAGAGGAGACUUCGAAUGAAGAAGAAAACAAUGAAGAGAAUCAAAAUUCUGAUGAGAAUGAAGACGAAGAAUCUGAAGCUGAGAACACUACACUUUCUGCUACAACACCUGGCUACGGAGAGGAGACCACACCUGGUAUGGGGAAUACAGGUCUAGCCGCCAUGCAGCUUCCCAAGAAGGCUGGGGCUGUAAGAAACAAGGCCAAGAAAAAGGAGGAAAGUGACGAAGAGGAAGAGGAAGAGGAGGAGGAAGAGGAAGAAACUGAAGCGGAAGUGGAUGGAAACGAGCAAAGCGUCAACGGGACCAACAGCACAGAUGUGGACAACGGCAACGGCAGCAGUGGUGGGGAUGAUGGGGGUGAAGAAAGUGCCACUGAAGCCAAUGCAGAAGGAACCACAGAGGCUGGCAAGCAGGGUAAUGGCAGCCCUAUGGAAACAACUCCAAACGGUGGGUUUCAGCCUACAACGCCACCACCAGAGUUCCGCGGGGCCACCCCCAUAGCGGGCGAGCUCAGCACCACCAGCUCCGGUGGGGAGUAUGAACACACGGGCACCAGUGAAUACGACAGUGGGUAUGAAGUCUACGAAAAUGGGAACGGGGAGCCCCGUGGGGACAAUUACCGAGCCUACGAGGAUGAGUACAGCUACUAUAAAGGGCGCAGCUACGAUGGUUAUGAUGGUCAUGAUUACUACUACCACCAAUGAAGGCCGCCUGGGAUGAAGUCAUCCAUUCUGGCAUUUCGUGUGGCUACCAUUUUCAAAGUGCAACUCAGGAAGGUUACAAUAUAACAAAUGUGCUUAUUAUAAUGUGGAAUGGAGCUCCUAUUCCAAAGUGAUUUCUAUAAUUGCUUCUGCAAGUAAUGGGCCUCCUGUUGCUUUUCCCUGGUAUGUUAUUGAAAGGCCAUUAUAAAUAAGGGCCAUUUAUCAAGUUAACCAAUCCAUGAGAUCAAGGUUGAAUUGAAUUUUUUGAGGUUGUAGUUGUAUAAAUAGUAUUUUUAACGUGCCUGCAUUAUUACAACCUGCUAAAAUAUAUUCUUUGUGCAAGAAGUACUUCUAAGAUGAGAUUGACAUUAAUGACACUGUAUACAAUAAAUGCUUAGUUCUUUAAUCACACUACUUAAUACUGUAUAUUAGGUUUAAUUAUUAUCCUCAAGUAUUUUUAUGUGACCUAUAUGUAUAUUCUAUGUAUGGGUUUUACCACAAAUAAAAAUGCAAUACUUCAAAUGUGUUAUAAUUAAGAAGAAAAAUGAGAGAUUCAGAAUUGAAAAAGGUAGGACCAGUGGGGUACAAUUCAAUCAAUGGAUAAAAGUUUAUUUCCUCUGUGGUUCAAAACUCAGAAAAACUAUAGAACAUUUUCUUGUGGAUAAAUCAACAUAGCUAAGAUUUUGACAUGCAUGUGGGAAUAGUCAGACAUAUACACCAGGGUAAUAAAUGUUUUUUAUUAGAGUUGCCAGAUUUAACAAGUAAAAAUAUAGGAUGCCUAGUUAAAUUCGAAUUUCAGAUAAACAAUGAAAAAAAAUUUAGUGUAAGUGUGUUCCUUGCAAUAUUGGGCCUCUGUGAAGUAUUUGGGACAUACUUUUACUAAAUAGAUGAUUCAUUAUUUAUCUGAUUCAAAUUUAAUGGAAUGCCCUGUGCCAUACCCUUUUCCUACUUGACUUGACUUUAGGUAGGGUAGGGAGAGGGAUGGGGUAGAAAACUCUUAGAUGUCUAUAUGCGCAUACAUACACACAAACACACACACAACCAAAGAGAGCUGAUAUGAAAAGCCUUAAUUGCAAUUUAUGCCUUGAUAUAAACCUGAAAGCAAAUUUCAAAUGGGAAUAGUGAAGGAAGGAGACAGUGAGUAAGAGUAAGAAGACAAACAUUCAUUCAUCUUUCUAUAUAUUCAUUAAGAAGAUGUUCUGGGCAUCUGCUGUGGAGCUGGGUAAUGUUUAGACAUUGGACAUAUGAAAAUGAAGAACCCUGUCCUCUGAGUGAUUUUUGUCUGAUAACUAAUGGUUGUAAGGCAUCACAUGCAUCAACUAAUCGUCUACUAUCUUUUUAUUUUGAAAAAUACUAAGCCUUCAGAAAAGUUCAAAGAUUAGCACAUGAGCACCCUUAUUAUAUGUUUCACCUAGAUUCACCAAUGGUUAACGUUUUGCCAUAUUGAUGUUAUCUUCUAUCUAUU